GUGAUAGAACAUUUGCACCUUCUAUAUCUUACGUCAAAAAUACUUGGAAAACCCACGCGACAAUAGAGUUUAGAGAAAAGGGUAAUUAAAGAAACUUUUGAAAUUGACUAUAAGCACAGCUGAGACGUGACAGAGUUAAAAAGCUUCAGCCAACACCCACAAAAGUUGGCAACAAAACUCAGAAAGAUUCUCGCAAAUCUCCACGUCCAUUCAGAGGAACGGGUGCCGUGCAUCUCUGAAUCCAGCGCUUCAGCAGUGUUCUCAUCUCCUCAUCUCAAAACUUAAACCUUUCCUCCAUCACAAUGGCAGCGUUGGGCAACCGAGGAACUGUGACUGAGGCAUCAGGCUUCAACCCAGAGGAAGAUGCCCAGAAAAUCUAUAAUGCUAUGAAAGGAGCCGGUACCAACGAGGCGACUAUCAUUGAGAUCCUCGCUCAUCGCACUAUUGCACAAAGGCAGAAAAUCAAGGAGGCUUUCAAACAGAGCGUGGGAAAGGAACUGCUUGACUGCUUGAAGUCAGAGCUUACAGGAAACUUUGAGAUGAUUGUGGUCGGCCUGAUGAUGCCCGCCCCGGUGUACGACGCAUAUGAGCUGAAAAACGCCAUUAAGGGUGCAGGGACAGAGGAGGCAUGUCUCAUUGACAUCCUGGCCUCAAGAAGCAAAGCUGAGAUAAAGGAAAUCAUUGCUACUUACAAAAAAGAACAUGGCAAGAGUCUUGAGGACGAUGUCUGCGGCGACACAUCUGGAAUGUUCCAGAGAGUUUUGGUGUCUUUACUCACGGCUGGGCGUGACGAGAGCACCAAGGUGGAUGAGGCUCAGGCCGUCCAGGAUGCAAAGGACAUCUACGAGGCGGGCGAAGCUCACUGGGGAACAGAUGAGGUCAAGUUCCUCACUGUGCUGUGUGUGAGGAACAGAAAUCACUUACUUCGAGUGUUUCAGGAGUAUCAGAAGAUUUCUGGGCGGGACAUUGAAGACAGCAUAAAGAGGGAGAUGUCUGGCUGCCUGGAGGAUGCAUUUCUGGCAAUAGUGAAAUGCAUGAAAAACAAGCCUGCGUUUUUUGCUGAAAGGCUCUACAAGUCAAUGAAGGGUUUAGGCACCACGGAUAGCGUGCUGAUCAGGAUCAUGGUGGCUCGUGCCGAGAUCGAUAUGCUCGACAUCAAAGCAGAGUUCCUCAAGAUGUAUGGAAAGACCCUUCACUCCUUUAUAAAGGGUGACACGUCGGGCGAUUACCGUAAGAUCCUAUUGGAGCUGUGCGGAGGGGAAAAGUAACACGUUGGCCGUGUUCAUUAGCGUGAAACGCUCUCUCUCACACCAGGCCUACAGCAUUUCAAGCACAUUCCUUGUUUGUAAUUAAAACCAAACAGUGAUGUUUUAAAUGAGAUUCAUGACUUUGUUUUGUUUAUUGCCUUGGAAUUUAAUGGGAGUCUUAUAUAGAUUGGCACAUCUUAGUGUUUGUCAAAUAAAUAAAAGGA